CUCCAGUAUUCAAGACAUGGUAGAUUCGACACUCAUUUGUUGGUAUAAGAAUUCAUUGCGGAUUCACGUACUCAUCAUCUAAUAGAAUAAACUCUUACUGUAAAUGAAGAUAUAAAAAAACGGUUUUCUUGAUGCUUCUUUGUUUACAUCAAUUUCAUAAUGCGAGAAAUAGCGAUAUUGCGUUGAGGGUUCAAAGAAUGCUCUUGGCCAUAUACCAUCUCAAACGUUAAGAACGAAAAGAAACUAGUUUUCUCUUCCAUUUCUAUGAUAUUAUCUUGUAUUCUAUAAGUUUUCAAAGGAUCAUCGGCAAUAGGUACUUCUUCAUUAAUACCGACUCUCAUACUUUGUUUCAGGUUCCCUGUGAUUUAAAUUCGUAAACUUGUAUAAUCUCUCUAAGUGAAGAUACUUAGAUACUUUUUAAUUUCUUUUCAUUCAUCUUUUCUCGUUACAGACUCACUUGAAUACCUAUCUUGCUUAUUUAUUACCUACGCGGUCAGGUCAGUUAGUUUCUAUAUCUCCUGCUUCACGUUUCGGAAGUUUAACAUUAUAUACAACAAUAUAUAUGCUAAGAACAGAAUCUUCGAUUGCUGAUUUCAUUACGGUAUGAGUUUUCUUAACUCCUGGAGAGCAUCAAAAUAUACGGUAAAACAGAAACCAGAUGACAUUGAACUUCCAGAAAGGGCUUCUGUUCUUCCUGCGACUGUUCAAUUCUUUGUUAAAGAAUUUAUAUCGUCUCUGGUGAGCCCAGUUCAUCCUCAACUAUUAUCUCCUGAAGAUUUAACGAACACCUUUCACAAUUUUUACAGGAAGGCAGAUGAAUUCAUGCUUUCAACUUUAAUUCCUAAUCCAGAAUCUCCAAAUCAUGAUGUGCCUUUACUUUCCCCCGAGGAAAUGGAAACCCAGAAGAUGGCAAAGCAGCAUCUUGUAAAGCAAAAAGAUGAAUGGAUGAAUAUCAUUGAAGGCAUUGCCUGCGAAUAUUUAUAUGAUAGGCUUUUUUGUUUGAGUACAAGCACCGAUGAAAAUAAAGAUGAUCUUCUCAAGAAAUUUGCCUGUUCAGACGAAAAAAAUGGUUUGCUGAACUGUCUUCCAAUUGAAGAAGAGGUAAAAAAGCGUCUUGAAAACAUUGCAGAAACCUUUUUUACUCUAAACAGGCUAAAAACACCUUUGCUAAAAAUGAACAUUUUCAUGAAUGUUAACGAAAAAAUUAUUGAAGCUUCUAAUUUACCAAAAGAGGAAUUGAAUGCUGAUAAUUUAUUGAAUCUUACUAUCUUUUGCAUUCUUUCAUUUCAUGGAUCACAGUUGUUGUCGCAUUUAAAUUUCGUUUUACGCUUUCGAAACCCAGACUACUUGUCUGGAGAACAGAAAUAUUGCUUGACGACGUUUGAAGCUGCACUUUCUUUUGUCCUUCGGGCUUGUCCAAAUUUGUUGACACACUGUCCCAUGCAACCAGCAGAUGAUCCUCUCUCAGUAGAGCCGUCUACCAAAGAAGAGCUUCCGUCUUCCGAGAAUGCUACGUCAGACAUCGAAGCAAAUAACGAGCAGAAGUCUUCCCUUUCAAACUUACGUGGUUUGGGAAUAGCUCUUGAAAAAUCUUACUCGUCUUUUGUUAACAGAGUAGCAGGACACGCUCUUCGUAACUCUAAUUUAUCGACAGACAAUGUCGUCUCUAUCGAUGAUCCACCUCUUGAAAGGUUUCUUACCAUGUCCGAUGCCUCUGAACUAAAAAUCAGUGAAAUCAAUACCCUACUCGCAGAUUACAAACGUUUGGCUCGUCUCCUUUUUGAUAAACAAGCCGAAAAUUCUUGAUUUGCCAAUUUACGAUUUUGGAAAUGCUACCAAGUCAUUGCAUAACGAUUUUAAUGCUUUAUUUAAUAAUAUAAUAACUAUUUUUUAAACACUGAUAUA